UUCACGCUGGCAGCCAUUGUGGAUUCCGGAAAUCAUAAAAAAUCAUCAUCAUCACCAUCAUCAUCUUCAUCAUCAUCAUCAACAUCGACAACAACAAUUAAAACAACAACGACGGCGACAACAAAGUCAUCAUCACCAUCACCACCACCAACACCACCAUUAUCAUCGGGUACACCACCACCACCAUUUUCAUCUGUAGUACCAUCAUCAAACGUUAUUAUUCUCAAUUCCGGUGGUGGUAACUUUGGUGGUAAUAUAAUAGCAGCAACAAACAAUCUGGAAACAACAACAAAAUCAUCAUCUACAAAUAAAAAAAUCUAUACGAUUGAUCCGAUCGCAUUGAAAAAAGCGGAAGCUGAAAAGGUUGCAGCCGAAAAUCUUGCAUUUGUCGCUGGUGGUGGAGGCGGUGGCGGUGAAGAUAGUGCAUUAAAAGCCGAUCUCAAACAGAUCCUACAGAAAUUAAUUCAGUAA